AUGUCCACACGGAGCCCGUCGGUGGGCGAGCUGCAGGCGGGGCUGGCGCUGACGGGCGGCGCCAGCCCGCGGCUCGACGGCGCGCUGGCCGACCGGCUCGGCUCCUGCCGGACGCCGCUGGUGGCCUCUCAACUGCUCUGCGCCGUUGCAUACCCGUACUCGUACGACUUUGCCGUGGAGGAUCACUACGGCGGUCAGUUCAGCAAGUCGGAGCACAGCGACGGCCACAACGUGCAGGGACAGUACGGCGUGGAGACCAAGGAGGGAAGCACUCACGUCACCUACUACGGCGGACACGGCUCCGGAUACAAGGGCACGCCUUCUUACCACGAGCCCGCCUACAAGCCAACGCCGUCUUACCAUAAGCCCGCUUACAAGCCGACUCCGUCUUAUCACGAGCCUGCCUACAAGCCCAAGACAUCUUACCACGAGCCUGCCUACAAGCCGACCCCAUCUUACCACGAGCCCGCCUACAAGCCCAAGACGUCUUACCACGAGCCUGCCUACAAGCCGACUCCGUCUUACCACGAGCCCGCCUACAAGCCCAAGACGUCUUACCACGAGCCUGCCUACAAGCCGACUCCGUCUUACCACGAGCCCGCCUACAAGCCGACUCCUUCUUACCACGAGCCCGCCUACAAGCCGACUCCUUCUUACCACGAGCCCGCCUACAAGCCGACUCCUUCUUACCACGAGCCCGCGUACAAGCCGACUCCUUCUUACCACGAGCCUGCCUACAAACCGACUCCGUCUUACCACGAGCCUGCCUACAAGCCGACUCCGUCUUACCACGAGCCUGCCUACAAGCCCAAGACGUCUUACCAUGAACCUGCCUAUAAGCCUACUCCGUCUUACCACGAGCCUGCCUACAAGCCGACCCCGUCUUACCACGAGCCCGCCUACAAGCCCACUCCUUCUUACCAUGAGCCUGCCUACAAGCCCACUCCUUCUUACCACGAGCCUGCCUACAAGCCCACUCCGUCUUACCACGAACCUGCCUACAAGCCCACUCCUUCUUACCACGAACCUGCCUACAAGCCCAAGACGUCUUACCACGAGCCAGCCUACAAACCCACUCCAUCUUACCACGAGCCCGCUUAUAAGCCCACUCCAUCUUACCAUGAGCCUGCCUACAAGCCCAAGACGUCUUACCACGAGCCUGCCUACAAGCCCUCGACGUCUUACGAUGAGCCCGCCUACGACAAGCAUAGCUCAUCUCAUGAAUAAAUAAGCACACAAUUCGGACCUCUUGCUACCAUCAGCCAACGCCUAAAGCGUUUCACAAACAUCAUAAAUGUUCAGAUUCAAUAAAACGUUUGCCAGUCAUUUAUUAUACGAUUGCUGCAUAAAACUCGAGCUACUGGUAUCCUAAGCGAGGUUCCAUAUGUAUGUAAAUGUUCAAUGGACUUACUCAGAACUCGUCUUUCUUUCUUGUAUCGAUGUCAGUAUGGAGAGCUGAUGCACGCCACAACGAAUGUGAACGCAUUUCGAGAUAGCAUCUGUUUUACAAGCACUUAUGUCAUCUUUUUGUAAAAGGAUACGUUAUCAGCUGUUUUACAUGUUUCCUUUAGCGUUGUGUGUGUGAUGUCUGUUGUCCAUGAUAUUUAUGUUGUAUUUAUUCAGUAAUAUACUCGUUUGAAGG